AUGAUGAAGCCGUCGUGGAGGCGUAUCGCAGCCCUUUUCACGGUCGCAUUGUUGACCCACCAGUGCUCCGCUACAACCAAAACGCUGUCGAGUAGCGGCUGCCGUGUCCAAGCCUGGGUGCGGGCGGAGGAUCUUGCCCCCGACACAACGUCCCACGGAGACUUGCGAAUCAAGGUCGCCCCGGCACACUGUGGGACCAAAGUCGCUUCCGUCGCGCUCCGCCUCAGCCUCGAUGAGUUCGCCGAGGUGAAAUACAUGCGUCCUGGCGCAGAAUUGCCCCCAAUCGUCAAAGCAGACAACCAGACACGGCCGGAUUCGCAGUUGGCUGGCGGGUGGAUGGUCCGUUCUCAGGACAAGGAUGAAAUACUGUACAACUACACCGCCUACGACCGAGCGCUCAGCGACCCUGCACUCUGGGUUGUUAAGGCAGAAGAGCGCAAGACGUGGACCACGGAGGCGACGUUGUUUGGAGGCGAUUUGGGUGAUUCACCAUCGACCCCGUUGCUUCAGUGGAGUACUUGCAUGACCCAGAGGCUACAGCUGCCUGAACUCGUCAGCAAGGACUAUGUGAUCUACGCUCCUGUGAACAAACGCAAGUUCAAUCGUUUCGCUGCGUUUCGCGAGGUGGAUGUGAUGUUUGUUAUGCAAGGCCCGCCGACCGACAUGGACAACUUUGUCGACGCCAGCAUGUCGAUUCCGAUUGCGCCGCAAACGUGCAGCGUCGAUGACCAUGCGUCCAAGCGCGAGCCGGUCAAGAUGGUCGGCAGCCCCUUUCCCUUCCCAGAUUGUUACGUGUCUGCAUUUGACAACGGGCGCCUGUGCACGGCGAACGUCCGCGUCGUGGACCCUGUCAUGUGCAAGCUUGACAAAGAAGACCAAUCACGUGUCACCCGUUUCACCAACGAUGAUCGCGAGCUUCACCAAACUCGUCUCCAGGAGCAAAAGGCAAAAGAGCCAGCGGCGGAGGCGGUGGACGGAGACAAGCGUGAAGCAGACGCCGCAGAGCACAAGGCCGAGAAAGAUGGCGAGAGCAAAAUGGGCAGUGGGGCCGAAGAUGACGAUGAAGACGAGUCUGUAGGGCAGAUGAUCAUCGUCAAGUUUACGCACGACCUCUCGCGCGUCCACACAAUUUACCAUCCUCGCGAACUCCUGGAGGAGGCACAGAAAAUUGAGAAAAUAGUUGAAGCUUCAGAGGCACGAAAGCAGGCAGCCAAGAUCGCAGCCGCUGAGAAGGAUGCAACGUCUUAUGACGCAAAAACAGCUCAACUCCUACAAGACCGUGAUGUGCCGCGAGAUAAAAUCUCGUGUUCACCAGCCGCACCUUCCCGCCGUGGCUUCAUAACACGCAUAAUAGCCCGUAGCCUGAGCAUCUGUAAACCAGCAUUCCGUCGUAUACUUCACAUAUCCACGCAGAAUAAGUAUUAG